AUGCAACAACCCUUACCACACCAACCAGAGACUUCUUCUCAUCCACAGCUCCACCAACAACAACAAUCUCCACCAAAUACUCAAGAAUUCACCUCUCCCAUUCUUAAUUCCUCUCAAGACAAGAACAAAUCCAAGUCAUUAGCAACGAUCACAUUAAUGAUACAAGAGGAUGAUGAUCCUCCCCACCCGUGUGCAGUGUCUAAUUCCAACGUUUUGGAACCAUCACAACCUCAACAUGGAGAAACUUUAAUUGAAAAAAUCCUGAACGAAUGA